CUUCCGCGAAAGUGACCGUAACCGCGUUUGUUUGGAAAUAUUAGCGUGUAAGAAUUGCAGAAACAAGGCCAUGAGAACGAUUGUACUCAUCACCCUGACGCUGGUGGCCGCGGUUGCUGCUGCCAUACCACGAACCAGAGAAAAUGUUGCUAAGAGCCGUAUGCUGGUCGACGAGAUCAUAGCGAAACAUGAAUCUGCUGCAAGAGCAACUGCUCCAGUGGCCACUUCCGGGCCGAACAAACGGGUCGUGAUCGAGAAUUUCUUCACCACUCGAGUGGACCAUUUUAACCCUCAAAACGCGGACGAAUGGACGUUGAGAUACUUCUCGUUGCCUGAUUUCUACCUGCCAGGAGGACCCAUCCUGAUUUUCUUGGGUGGUUGGGUUCCUAUUUCACCCUCGAUGAUAGACGACACCUCGUUAAUCUAUGAAAUGGCCGAGGAGUUAAGUGGUGCUGUUUAUGCCUUCGAGUCUCGAUUCUAUGGUGAUAGCAAAAUUACUGAGGAUUUGAGUACGGCUAAUCUGCGUUUCCUGAACACGGAUCAGAUCCUAGCUGAUUUGGCUGAAUUUGUUACCUACCUCAAGCGGGACGUUCUCCAGAAUGAAUACGCCCAUGUGCUGGUAGCAGGUGCCGAAUAUGGCGGAGCCUUGGCAACCUGGUUCCGCGUUCGCUAUCCGCAUCUGGCCGAUAUGGCUUGGGCUUCCAGUGGUUUCCAGAAUGCAAUCAUGAACUUUCAGGAGUUCUCCGAGGCGUGGGGUGAUUCGUUGAUCGAGUUUGGCAGCCAAGAAUGCUACGACGAAAUUUUUGUCGCUUUCCACGUGAUGCAAAAUCUAAUCGAUGUUGGGCUGGAGAGUGUUCUGUUCGAAAAGUUCAAUAUCUGCACGGAAAUCAAUCCGGAGGAUCGCUUCCAAGUGAUGUAUUUCUUCCAAAUGUUGAUGACGGCCGUUGAGAUGUACACGCUGCGAAACCGAAAUGUCUCUGACUUCGCUGAGGUGUGCGCAGACAUUACCGGUACAAAUGCGGCUACCGCCGUGGAUGCAUUCGCUGUAUGGUUCAAUACCAAAUUCGCUGUCGAUGUCGGUUGUGUCGUAGUCGAUCCGGAUGUGGUGGUGGAGGUUUUCAGCCAAACGGCUUGGGAAACUGAUUUCAAUCAGGAGGGUAUUCGCCAGCGACUUUAUCAGAAAUGUACGGAGUUCGGAUGGUUCUUCACUACCGAUUCGGAUUUCCAGCCGUUCGGAAGUCGUGUCAUGAUGGAAUUGUACUCCGAAACUUGCCAACGGGUGUUUGGUGACUGGCAAAGCUUUGAAACCAUGUACUACGGUAUAAAUCGGGCCAAUAAUCGUUUCGGCGCUGCCUCGCCUGCUAUUGGUCAGGCGCACUUCACCAACGGAGGCGGUGAUCCAUGGCGUAGGGCUAGCAUUACCGACGAUCUUAGUCCGUAUGCCCUUGCUGAUGUAAUUCCUGGUGAGCUGAGCAGUGCGGAUAUUAGGGCAAUUUCCGACAGAGAUUCCGAGCAGCUGGUGGAAGUUAAACGCCGAGUUAAGUCAUUGGUCAGCCAUUAUCUGUUCCCGGUUGACCCUAGGGCGGCAGUCCCGUCUGCUGACGAGGCUGUGGCAGUUGAAAACUUUUUUUCCAUCGAUUCAUUCGGGAGCAGCUCAGUACCAGAUUACACGAAUAUCCUCAGAAACCACAUAAUGCGGACAAUUGUCCUCAUUGCACUGGUCCUGGUGGCCGCGGUAGCCGCUGGGGUCCACCGUUCCGAGCCAAACAUGCAAGCUAACCGGCAGCUCAUCCAUCAGAUGCUAACGAGACAUAUGCGGAUGCCGCAACGCAAGCCGACAGCAAGCGCCGACCCGAACAAAAAAGUGGUGAUCGAGAACUUUUUCACCACCCGAACUGACCACUUCAAUAAUCAAAACACGGAAGAAUGGACGCUACGUUACCUAUCCGUGACAGAUUACUACCUGCCAGGAGGACCUAUUUUGAUCUUUUUGGGAGGAAAUCGUCCGAUUGUUCCGGAGAUGAUCGAUGAUUCAACGCUUAUCUACGAGAUGGGACGAGAGAUGAACGGCGCGGUGUUUGCGUUCGAAUCGCGGUUCUACGGCAGCAGUCGAGUCACUGAGGACCUGAGCACUGAGCAUCUUCGCCUGUUGAGCGCAGAUCAGAUUUUGGCGGAUUUGGCUGAAUUCGUCACUUAUCUGAAGCGCGAAGUCCUGGAGGACGAAACUGCUCGAGUUCUGGUUGCUGGUAACGAGUUGGGUGGUGCGUUAGCUGCUUGGUUCCGAAUCAGAUAUCCCCAUCUGGGUCAUGCGGCUUGGUCUUCAAGUGGUUACCUGCAUGCUGUCCUGAACUUCCAGGACUUUUCGGAAGCUUGGGGAGACUCGUUGAUCCUCCAUGGAAGCCAGCAAUGCUAUAAUGAAAUCUUUGUGGCAUUCCACGUCAUGCAAAAUCUAAUCGACCUGGGCAGAUCUGACCUACUGUUUGAGAAGUUCAAUAUCUGCACGCAGAUUGAUCCGGAAAACACCUUCCAGGUGCAGUACUUCUUCUUCAUCCUGAUGGUGUCGGUAGAGAUCUACACACUUCGCAAUCAAGAUCUUGCUGAUUUCACCGAAGUGUGCGGAGAUAUAACCGAACCUGACGCUGAAACCGCCGUCGAUGCGUUUGCCAACUGGUUCAAUACAAAGUGGGCCGUUGAUAUUGGAUGUGUAGUGUCGGAUCCAGAUGUGGCUGUGGAAAUUUUCCAAGACUCUGAUUGGGAAUCUUCGUUCAACCAACAAGGCGCCCGACAGUGGAUGUAUCAGGAAUGCACUGAGUUUGGUUGGUUCUUCACUACUGAUUCUGCCUUCCAGCCGUUCGGUGAUCGUGUCAAGAUAGAUUUGUACAUUGAAAUGUGUCGCCGAAUCUUCGGCAAUUGGAUCACCAGCGAAUCGAUGGCCCGUGGUGUCGAUCGUGCAAAUAACCGCUUCGGUGGUGCCACUCCUGGGUCCAGUCUAACGCACUUCACCAACGGAGAUGCCGAUCCAUGGCGGAUGGUUAGCAUUACUCGCAAUCUGACGGAGGAUGCAACUGCAGUUGUGAUCCCCAACAUGUUGGGUGGUGCCGACCUGCCGCGAAUUUCCGAUAACGAUUCGGAAGAGCUGCAGGAAAUUAAACGUACCUUGAAGUACACGUUGGCCAAUUACCUGUUUCCAAUGACCCCCUAUGGAAGCCCUUAGAGGAUCGCCCGUAUGAUGUAUGCAUGUAGUAGAGUAUUUGGAAUAAAUUUAAUAAAUGAUUUUGUGUUAAUGA